AAUUGGGCCUGGUAACAGAUCAUGUAAAUUUGAGUUUUGUAAUCUCUCCCGACUCUGUGGCACUCACCGUUUAAUGGCGAGCGCUUCACUGCAUGAAAAAUCCCGGAAAUGAAAACGCUUACCGUUAAAACCCUGUAACGAAUGGAAGAUUAACGAAUCAAACACCAAAUAUAUUUUCACUUCCUCAGCCUCACGGAUUGUCGCCGUUUACUAUACCCGAGAACAAUUUCUUGGAUUAGAUUUCAAUAACAUGAGGUGGGAGAAGGUGAGUGCACAAGGAAAUAACUUGGGGCCUGGUAAGAGGUGGGGCCACACUUGCAAUGCCAUCGCAGGAGGCAAGCUUCUUUAUGUGUUCGGUGGCUAUGGAAGUUUUGACUGCCAGACCAACCGAGUUCACGUCUUCGAUACUGUUAAUAGGAUAUGGAGUGAGCCUGUGAUGAAAGGAGCAGUGCCUAUGCCAAGAGACAGUCAUAGUUGUACCACAGUUGGCGACAAUCUAUAUGUAUUUGGCGGUACAGAUGGUAGAAAGCCCCUUGGUGAUUUGCGUAUUCUGGACACUGCCUCUAACACAUGGAUCUUGCCAAGUUUAAGAGGUGAUGGGCCUGAACCUAGGGAAGGCCAUAGUGCAGCCCUUAUUGGUAGACGGCUCUUUAUCUUUGGUGGAUGUGGAAAAUCUGAGAAUAGGGAAAUAUACUACGAUGACCUUUACAUAUUGAAUACAGAAACGUUCACGUGGAAACGUAUUGUUCCAUCUGGCACACCACCAACAAAGCGUGAGAGUCAUAGCUGCUCUUCAUGGAGGAACAAAAUCAUUGUCCUCGGUGGGGAGGACACAUUCAAUUUCUACUUGUCUGAUGUACACAUUCUUGACACAGAUUCUUUCGUUUGGAGCAAAUUAAACACUACAGGGCAGCUAUUAUCACCUCGAGCUGGGCAUACAACUAUUGCCUUGGGGAAGUGCUUGUUUGUUUUUGGCGGUUUCUCUGAUGAGGAGAACCUCUAUGAUGAUGUUUAUAUGCUUGAUGUUGAUGCUGGUGUAUGGAACAGGGUUUUGGCUACUGGUGACGGCCCUUCAGCAAGAUUCUCGAUGGCUGGAGAGUGUCUGGAUCCACAUUUGGGAGGUUUUCUUGUAUUUUUGGGUGGCUGCAAUAAGAAACUCGAGGCAUUGGAUGACAUGUAUUACUUACAUACAGGGCUUGUUGGGGAAAGUGAACAAAAUGAUCGGAAAAGAGAUAAGUUGUCUUUGAGAAAACAGCUGAAGUUAAAAUGCCAGGAACAACAAGCUUCUAUCACGGAAAGCAGACAGAAUGUUCAUAUGCAUGCACAACAAAAUCCUCUAGGGAAAAAAACUUUUCAAGCCAAGGUGACAAAAAACUUUUCAGAUGGCUAUACUAUCGAGACUGUCAUAGAUGGAAAGCAUCUACGUGGAGUGUUGUUUUCCAGCAAGCCAAAUCCUAUGAAGUUACCUUCUUCUGAUGAUUCUGAUGGGAAAGUGGAAGCUAUGGAAAUAGAUGGGAACAAGAUGAGUGAUGAUCUCAAUUGUACCACCUACAGCACAGGAUUUGCUGUUGUGGAGCAGAAUGUGAGAGAUGUUGGGCAGGCAGAUGCUCCUGGAGGGGAAUUGAUAAUGUCGGUCUCCCAAGUUGGAGAUUCUGGAAUUGGAAACCAACCCCCCAAUGAUGGUUCUCCUUUCCAGGAGUGUCCUGGAACCUCUACACAACCAGUGCCGUCGAAAUAUAAUACGGAAUCCAAUGGCACAGGCGAUUUGCCCCUAAAUUGAAGGCUGGCAAGUAUUUGUUUAUGAGAAUCCACAUCCACCCAAUCUGCUCCAUUCUUUUUCUUACCUUUUAGGGUAGUUUUCAGAGGCAGAAACAAUCAAACUGUAUAGUUGAGAUUACCGCGGGGAAUAAUCCGACCGGUAACUUUGUCAAGACACUUCAGUGGCUGUUUCCCAUUUCUAACAAUGGCAUUGUACUAGUAAAUACCAGUUCCUAGUUUUCUUUCUUGAUAUCCUUGUACGAAGUGCCUGCUGAGUA